AUGUCCACCCCUAGGAGGCUCACGUCCACCUUCUUGUGCCUCUCCCUGGCCACCCUGGUCGGCUUGGCCUCGGUACACGGCCAAGGAACCCCACCGUCACUUGCACCCUUAGAGCAGUCCCAAUCGACAGACGCCCAGACCAUCCCCGCGACCAGUCCAGCGAUGGCCUCGUCCUCUCCUCCUCCUCCUCCGUCUUCCUCCUCCUCCUCCUUCUCGGCGUCCCCACCGGGACCCAGAGCUGGCGGGAGGCCGCCCCCGUGCCUGGCGCAGAGCGGCGUGGGCCUCGUCUUCAAGCGCGUCAACGCGGCCGUGGCGAGCGUCGUCUUCCUCGUGGGGAGCGUCGGCAACUCGGCGCUGCUGCUCGUUGUCUACGGGGACAAGUCGAUGAUGCGCGACGGGAGCAGCGUCCUCAUCGCCAGCCUCGCUCUGGGAGACCUCCUCUACAUCGUCCUAGACAUGCCCAUCAACGUGUACAAGCUGCACGCCGAGAGCUGGCCAUUCGGUGCCACCGUGUGCAAGACGGUGCCCUUCGUGCAGAAGGCCUCUCUGGGCAUCAGCGCGCUGAGCCUGUGCGUGCUCAGCGGAGACAGGUACCGUGCGGUCGCGCACUGGGACCGCCUCCAGGGCGUGGGCCUCUCCCUGCUCACGGCGCUUAAAGUCCUGGCCAUCUGGACGCUGUCGCUGGUGCUGGCGGUGCCCGAGCUCCUGGCCUUCGACACGCUGUCCUGGGAAUACCGCAACCGGACGCUCGACACGUGCAUGGUCAUCCCGCAGACGAGCUUCGUGGAGUUUUACGCCAAAGCCAAGGACUGGUGGCUGUUCGGCUUCUACUUCUGCAUGCCGCUGGCCUGCGCGGCGGUCUUCUACACGCUCACGACCGUCGAGAUGCUUGGGAUGAAGAAGCGAAACCUUGGCAGCGCCAUCGACGAGCACCUCAAGCAGCAACGGGAGGCAGGCAAGGCGGUGUUCUGCCUGGCGGUGGUGUUUGCGCUGUGCUGGCUGCCGCUGCAUCUCAGCCGCAUCCUCAAGAGAACCGUCUACGACGAGAUGGACCCCAACCGCUGCGAGCUGCUCAGAGUCAAUUGUAUCGUCUUCGCGUGA